GAGUUGCCGAUCCAAAGGCCUGGCUCAGGAGUGAUCCUGUGCCACCUGUACCAUCAAGAUCAAGAUCAAGAGAACAUCAAGAUCAAGAUCUAAAACGAAAACAUUGCAGCUUGUUAGAACACCGGCGGCCGUUAUGUGACACUUUAGGACAUCAGCACUCAGUAACCAGUGCGUGACAGCUUGCAUCUUUGGAAAUAAACGACCAGUAACGCCAGCAGAUAUCAGAGACGUGCUUGUGCAAUGUAGUCAGGCAGACAAGGAACGCUGCUGUCACCGCGACUCACGUUUACCACAAUGUUGCCAAGGAUGCUAUUCAUCCAUGCCACCAGACAAAUAUUCCUGGGAGGGAAGGGUGUAGGGCAGCCCAGCAUGUGGAGAUGCUACCGCCCUCUGCCGUUUCCUCAUGUUGAGACAUUACACAGGUUCAGCAGCACCAGCAUUCAGGACCCCAGCCUGAGAAGGUUACGUCUGUACAAGCGAAUUUUUGCAAUUUCUCUGUUUGGGGGAACACUUUUCGCUGCCUGGUACCUUAAGAAGCAGAAAGGAGUGAAGCUUAAAAUACUACUGGAGGAUUUCACAAGAAUUCCAGUUGAUGAUUCACUCUUUGGCUCUCCGGUUUCAUUAUACAGGCACAAAGGAUACAUCUUUCCUGGUCAGCUGGUGAUGUCAGGUGUGUUCAAGGAAUUACAUGAUUUCCAGUUCAGGCAAGAGGAUCUUCUAGUUGCCAGUUAUCCCAAAGCAGGCACAACAUGGGUACAGGAGAUUGUGUACAUGCUAGCACACGGCUGUCAGAAGACUAAUGAAAGUUCAGAAAUUUUGGAGACAAGAUUUCCAUACCUUGAAUAUCCUUAUCCAGGAAUUAAAUCUCUUGUUCUCAAAAAGGAAAAGAGGUUUAUCAAGACUCACUUGCCCAUCAGUCUCUUACCCACUUCUUUUGAAAACAGCGGCGCCAAGUUAAUUUACAUCGCAAGGAAUCCUCGAGAUACAGCAAUAUCAUACUUUUACUUCAUGCAGCUUCUUACUCAGUGUGAUUACCAAGGAACUCUCUCCAGUUUCAUUGACAUGUUCCUCUCAGAUAAAGCAAUGUACAGUCCAUAUUUUGGUCAUGUCCUUGGGUACUGGGAAGCUCGACACAACCCCAACAUCCUCUUUGUUACCUAUGAAGAACUUCAUCAGAACCCACAGAAGAUUAUUAGAAAAAUAGCAGAGUUCCUCAGUAUUGAUGUCAGUGAUGUGGAAGUGAACCAUGUAGCAGAAAACACGUCCUUCCCAUGCAUGGCAGCAAAUCCAAGCGUUAACUAUGAACACUGGAAAGAUUUUGGAUUUGCUUUCAAAGAUAAGGGGACAUUUCUUCGUAAAGGUAAGAUUGGAGAUUGGCAGAGGCACCUGAGCAGCAGUCAAGUAGCAGCCUUUGAAGAAUGGGAAAACAAGCAUUUGAAGGAUUCAGACCUAAAGUUCACCUAUGUAAUUCCUGCUCAAAAUGAUGUACAGUGACUGCAGGUCCUGCAGGUCAUCCUGUGAGCUGACAUCAGAAUUACACUUAUGUAAACAGCUGUUCAGUGGAGACAAUGUAUAUUUACAAUAAAAAUAUAACACUU